AUGUCCAUGUCGCUGGCCCCGGGCCUCCAAGAAUCACACGGCUUGAAUAAGUCAAUGCCUCCAGGAUUAUUGCUAUAUAUCGGGUAUGCUUGCUUACAGGCCCAAGUCAGUGAAUCACCACCAACCAUCAUGGUCACUGUUCGUCCGCUCGUCCGUCAGCUUGGCCCAUCAGACGUUCACUGCGAGCCUGCUAACUGGCCUGACAGGCCGGUAACCGCCAUUCCGAUACACGUAGCGAUACCAAACCUCAACGAACUUCUCGAGGAAUUUGGCGUUGGUCAAGUUCCGAUCCUCCCCAGUUACCACGAUAGCCCGCGUAUCCUUGCUUUGGCUAGCCCGAAUCACAACAGUACACUAAGUCGGGUCAUGAUCAAGUCUGAAGAUUGUACGGCAGCCCUGGGUUCGCUUCUCGGUGACAACCGUCACCAAACUGGUGGUCUUGUGGGCAAACCCAAGCUAAAAUUUUGGGAUCUGCUCUUCUUUCGUUCUUUUGUCCUUCUCUUUCCUCCUCCUUCUUCUCUCCUCCACGUCGUCGUCCACUUCCUCAAACAAUACAAUGACAACGACAACAGCGACUACAACGACAAAAGCAGAAAACAACUCUUGCUUGCCGAAGCCUACCCGAUCACGAUGAGCCAACUAUUUUGCUACUCAGGCGCCAUAGCUCUUCUUUUCCCUGUCGGCUACUCGCCAACAACAACAUCAGCAAGCUCCCUUUGUUGGGAUUCGCUACCGAACAAAUUCGCCAAAUUGGUGAACCAGACUUGCAUUAGUUUUCCUUUCAGAGCACCCAACGUUCAGCACGACAAGGAGCAGUUGCCAGCACAUGUGCCACUUCAGCUAGUGAAGCUCUUCGAGAUUACUCAUCGCGCGCAAUACUCCUACUCGCCAGUGUGUGUCAGUCCGGUAUAUCUGGCCUUUGCAACCACUGCCCUUUACCAAAUUUUCUCCAGCAACCCGUUAUUCUCCCGCAUUCUGGCGGCGUCAUGUCACUCAAUUCACCAUCCUCACCGAACUCGCCAACGAGUUGUCGUCCGUAUACCGUUGGCAAAGAUUCGAGUAAUCGCCGCUGAGGCAUGCAACCUGCACUUGACGCUGGCCAGCAUACAAUCAAUGCAUCCAAAGCAGGCUUUCAAAAUCCGGGAAAUUCGGAAAAGGUCAACGCAGGGUUAA